CGCUGACCAGGUUUUUAUCUUGUAUAUUUGGAUACUGUACACUUCAUCUUGCUACCGAUACCAUCUGUACGUCGAUAUCCGGACUGCAGGACUGUCUUGCAGGCACUAACUUAUUACUUUGCAUUAUGGUCCGGACACUGGCUUCAUAUUCGUUGUAUAUAGUUGCAUUGUACUUGUGCAUACUUGAGCACGUUGCUUGCAGCAAUGCGCAUUGCAUUGGAAUCCAGAGCUCUCCUGAGUGGGCGCAUGAGAACGCGAAAUGUUCUCCAUCCUAUCAUCGUCUACCAUGAGCCUUUCGACCACAAGACGCUCAGUGAUAGCCUGCCGAUGAUCCGUCCGGAGGGUCAAGGUGUAGCCAGCUGCAACCUCAGCUAUGCUUCCUCUGUAGGCGUACUUGGUGAAACAACCUUCCGGAAAAGUCGGAACGCGCGCUUACCUGACCACACCGCCAUCACGCAUGCGCAUUGCGGAGUUGGUAUAUUGAAAAUCGCGUCCGUUAAGCGCCGUUCGUCUCACUAUGAGUCAAGUCGUCCAAAUCGGGUUGACGCCCAUUACCUCGCUGGCAGUGGCCCAGUGCAAUGUGGAAUCGGUUCUGCACCCUUGUUCCUGGUGGGCAGGCAUGUGUUGAUAGCAAUGGAAGAUUGGCCAAGAUAGAUUAAUUGCUGGGUAAUCCUAUGAUGCCCUGGACGAGAGCACUGGGGUACUUGACAGCUUCGAGAGGGCUGUGGGCGCUGCCACAUUGGCAUUCUUCCUACGAAUCUAGAAUGAGGAGCUCGGCGAGUUAUAACAAUUUUGCACCGGAACAGGAUGUUCAUAACAGGCAA